AAGGACUUUUUCGAUGCCGGUUUCUCUUUAACAUGACAAGCUGCAUUUCUUAGUCGUAUUAACUUAAGAGACAGAAACAAGAGAGGCUACUACUACUAGGCUACUAUGUAAGUGAUUACAGGAAAUAACUUGUCUUGAACUUUCUACACCAUUAAAUAUAACGAUAAACAAAUUUUCCUUCUUUAUUUAAUAAAAAAAAAAGUGAAAAAAAAAAAAAAAAAAAGUGGAAUAGUUGCUGUGAUAUAAAAGGAAUAAAACACUUCAGGGUGUGCUGUUAUAUAUUAUAAAAGAAUCAACUUCCGGCCAUCAUACCACCCCGACGUUGAUUAUUUUCCUAUGACAGCACGCCCCAUCGUGUAUUUAUUACAGGCCACAUAGAAACCACACGCUUUUAUUUUGAAAGGUGCACCGGCGUGUUUUUGGGUAGCAACCAGAAGCAUCAGCGACAAGACACACGACUUUAAUAUGGCGCUCAGUAGGGGGAAGGGCUCGCUGGACAGUAGCUCAUCAAUCAGAAGUGAUCUGGAGAAAUGUUCCCUCAACACACACGCCAGGGCUAACACGGUUAUUGUAGAGAAACUAGAAAAGGAGAACGCCAAACUGAACGCGCAGUAUGAAGAGCUGAGGUGUCAGUAUGUGCAGCUCCUAGAGGAGGCCAAGGAGGAGAAGUUCGACGAGAGGAGAGUCUACCUGCUCAAGGCUCAGAUCAUGCAGCUGGAAAGACAGGUGAUUUUGCUGUCCGAGGGCUUGAGCUCACAGGUCUGCCGCCUUCAGGAUGUGGAGAAAGCCCUUGAUCCUCUAACACAGAGAUUAAGGUCGCUGCUGUGCUCCGGGGAUCCUGCUGCUGCUGACGUGGUGAUCACUCGGACAGAGCUCACGCAGCUUACAGAAAGGUGUGAGGAUGUGAGACAAAAGCUGCACAGAAAUAAUAAGGUGACUUUCCUGGAGGAUCUCGCCAUGCCCUGGAUACUGACUAGGUCGAAACUGAGCAAGCAGCCCACCACCCUGCUGGAUCUCUGCUACGGCAAGACGAAGAACCUAAACCUUCAGGAAGUGAGCGCCCUGGAGUCCGAGCUCAGCCAGCUGUUCAAACACCUGCACGGAAUGAGACAGACCCUCAGCCUCAUCCUGGCUCCUCACCAAGAACCUGACAGUCCCGCCGUACACACAUCUCCUACAGCCGUCUACGCCCGGUUGCUGAACCAGUCGCACCACUGCUGCGCAAUCCUGGACCGCUGUUGCCUCGACCUCCUGACCCUGUCUCUCAUCGUGCCCUCGGCACCCUGGGCCAGCCCAGAGCAGCGGGUAAUUCAGGAGCUGGAGGUGGAGAAUAUCCUGGCAGCGCUGCCAGCUUUUCCCCGAGGAGCACCCCUCCAGCGUGCAAGACGCGCCGCCCAGGCCCUGAGCCGAGCCGCCAAUUACUCAGUACUGAUGGCCCAACAGCAGGUGGAAGCUCUUGAGGCCGAGUUGGAUUUCCAUAGAAGCUUGUACAGCCUGCAGGUCCGGACCAUAGAGGAGCUCGUCCGGGGAAUCCGACAGGCGUAUCGAGCCUUCCUGGAGAACAUCUCUCAGAGUCUGUGUGUUCCACUGCAAGAUGUCCUUUCAUGCUACGAGGAUCUGAGGAGCACAGCGUCAGAGACUGCACUUCACCGCUUUCUGUCAGCUUUUAAGAGCAACUUGGCGCAGAUACGAGAGGCGGUGGAUGCCUUCGGCCCUUCAAAGAGUGAAGGAGAUGAAGCCCUGGCGCAGUAUGGCCACGAUUUCCUGCACACUGUGGAAAAGCUCCUGAAAGAGUGUACCAAGAACAGAGAGAAAGCAGCAAGUCAGGUACACUCCCUCCAGCAAGAGCAGCAGCAGGCCGUUCAGACCCUUCACAUCCUGCGAGCCCAGAGAAAGGAAGUGAGUACAGAAAAGGACCAGCUUCAAUCGGCAUGUCCUGGGAGCGCUCCGUGUGAGAGUCCUGCUGCUCAGUCUGGAAGUGCGGGAAAAUCCAGUGCUGCACCUAAAGAGCCGUCUACCACGCCAGCCAAUCGGAGAAGCCGAGAGAUCCGCAGAGCUCUAUCGGUCCAUGUCUCCAGAAACAGCUCGUCUCAAGAGAAGGGGUUCAACCAGAGGCCGGGCAGAGAGGAGGAUGGGCUGAAGAGGAGGAGUUCUUUCAGAAGCAAGAGCAGGAAGACUGUAGAUAGACCUGAGUGGCAGACCUAGACAUGUUGAGAGGAAGAGAAACCAUUUACAAGUCCAACCCCUCCAUUUUUAAACUACUUGCCUGUCCUGUGAAAUAUUGAAGCUCUUGAAUAGUGAGGUGGGGUGUGUGUGUGUGUGUGUGUGUGUGUGUGUGUGUGUGUGUGUGUGUGUGUGUGUGUGUGUGUGUGUGUGUGUGUGUGUGUGUGUGUGUGUGUGUGUGUGUGUGUGUGUGUGUGUGUGUGUGUGUGUGUGUGUGUGUGUGUACGUGCUAAUGCCUGUUAGAAAAGCCUCUCUGGCUACACAGACCUGGUGGAAAUGAAAGCACUUAAAGAGCCUUGUUCCAUCGAUGUCAAGCAAAGUCCAUGUCUAUUUCUUUCAGCUUUCUAGGCCUCGGUCAAGGCGAGACAAGCCAGGGGUGCGUUACCGGAUCACACAAUAACACUGUUUUUAUUCAUUCCUUCAAAAAGCUGUCGAAGCAGGUGUGUCUUUUAAAGUGCAACAAGCCCUGCCCUGAUUAUCGCGCCGAUUUUCUCUGUGUUGCCUUUGUUUGGAUAGGUAGAGUUUACUCUGGGUUUAUUUAAUCUGACUUUUUUUUUUGUAAGGAACACUAAAGACAAGAUGAACCCAAACCUGCACACCUGACCAUUUUCACCUUGUUAGUUCAUGCCCCUGAUCACACCAUCUGUUUCAUCCACUUAAAUGACCGAAUCUUUGUUUCUUCCAUCAAAAUGCAAUCCCGAUUUACUUCCUCCUCCCCCAGCGAUCAGUGGGCCUCGUUUAAUAACCUUUUAAUAAAAGAUUUUUGCAGGCCAAACCUCAGGAACAUUGAUUUUCUUCAUAAUCAUACGUGCAUAUUGAUAACCACCUUUAAAGUAUUCAUUCACAUUCACAGCGCAGCUGAUUUUCGAUUUAGCGAUGCCCACCACUCAGGGUGAUGAGCUACCACAGAACCCUCUAAAUCCAACGCUAAUGUUCUCGUUCUUAUGGGGUGCCAUUUUUAUUUCUUUCUUGGUCCUAAUUUAAAGUCUUAUUUGUGAUACUUUACGGCUCUGUUUUCUUUGCUUCCUUUCGCAGUUGAAAUAAGUAAGCUAUUUUAACUUGACAACAUAAUCCUUUAUAUAAAUCUGAAGUAACUUGAGACGGUGAUACGAUCUGAAGCUUAUACAUCAUGGUUCACGUUAAUGACGCUCCGUAUACAUACACUCCGGAGCUGUUCUUGGAAAUGAAAAAAUUUCUUGUAUAAAUGCUCCUGCGAAUGAUUUACGAAUAAAAAAAAUGUUUGUAUUCAGCUUGAUGAGGCCCGCUGAGUGAAAACACGUAUUUGUUUAUAUUGAAAACGCCUCUUUUCUCAAUCCAGUGAAAUCCCAACGGAUAUAAAGCCUAAUUCCAGCCAUACGUUGUUUCCUGCCCAAAUCUCCAGUUUCACUCAGAAAUCCGUCACGUCACUACGCACUAUGAUUUUCAUUCCGUGUGUCUUUGAUAACUAAAUUGUGUCUGUGUGUCCUUGUUGAUUCUUGCACAGUGAGCCUUGGUAUAUCGGCUACUUCACGUUCCCUUUGUAAAGCAGUACGAUCUUCGAGCUGUUAGAUUUGUUUAUUGAGCACUUUUGUGGCUUGUUGCCUUUAGACCACAGGAUUCAUUGAAUAUUCAUGAUGCUUGAAUGUUUGUUACUGACACCAUUAGCAUAUUUCUUCCAGAUUAGGCCCUGCACCCACAGCAGGUCAUAAAAGACGCCCCCCUGAGUCCUCCAUCUCACGCUUAUUGUACGAUACAGUAUGACAUCUCUGCCAUUAGACAGCAGCGUCGUUGUCCUCCUUUUCUUUUCUCUCUCUCUCUCUCUCUCUCCUCCUCCUCCUCCUCUUUUCUCUUGCUGCUUCUCUCUCAACACAAAGGUAGUCAUGGGACGCAUUAGUCACCUCCAUGCAUCUGUCUUCCUCUCUGACAGCUUAGACGUGAAUACAAAAGGUAGAACGACAGAGCGAGAAGAUGAGAUAAGAGGAGUAAAAUGCGAAUGGAGUCAUUCUUCUUUCUUAGCCCCAUAGCUUUUAGAUGGAAAGAGCGCUUUCUCUUAAGUCUUUCUUUCCUAAAUUUCACUGUCAUGCAUUAUGCAUAAGACUCCCUCCCUUGUACACAAACACUUCAGGGCCUGCUUUUACUUUUAUGCUCUUGCCAUGAGCAUGUCUCUCUCUCUCUCUCAAUCUAUCUGUAUUCACCUCUCUCUCUUCAGCUGUCUGACUCUCCUUCCAUCCUCCCUGCAGGAACACAAAUGGCUCGGGAGGAGCUAUUUCCUCUCUGAACUCUAACUUGAUUAUUCUGCAUUUGUCCUCCAUGUUAUUUUUAUUUUUUUUUACCCUUCCCUUAUGCCUUGAUGCUAACCCCCCCUCCCCACCCCACACACACACACGCACACAUUUGUCACAACGAAAACUUAAUUUCAUAAAAAAUCUCCCAUGGCCAUGAAUAGAAAAGGCCAAAAGCAUAAUCAGCCUCAGUCCAUUUCUUUAAUUACACAGUUCCAGGAUUAAACACAAAAAUGUUUAAUGUGACUAAUACGGUUCAGGCGUGUAAAUGUGGAACUUUCAGAACUUAAUAAUGGAUUUCAAAUGAAUUCUAAGAGACGCAUUGAGUUAUGUGUACUCAUGGACUUGUUUAAUGGGGAUUUUUUUCUCACACACAUAUUAAAGGAAUACUCCGGAUUUCUUCCACCUAAUCGCUACCUGUUGUAUUUGUAAUGCAUGUGUGAUUACCAUGGACAAGACUUUAGUUUCGCUAUACUGAGAAAACAAUGUAAAACCUGUUGACUCACCACCAUUGUAUUUGUCAUCAAAGUCUAAGGGCGGUGGUUCUAUUCGAUUAAUAAACAACAAAAUCUGACUCUUAUAUAUAAUAAUGUACGCCUGCCCGUUCAUGCAGUUAUCCAAUCAGCCAAUCAUGUGGCAGCAGCACAAUGCAUAAAAUCAUGCAGAUACAGAUCAAGAGUAUUAGGUAAUGCUUACUUUGUCUUCAACUGUCCAGGGUCUGUGAGCCCAUGCUAACUGUAUCCUCAGAUUUCUGUUCUUGGCUAACAGGAGUGGAACCCGGCGUGAUGAUCUGCUGCUAUAGCUCGUCCCUCUCAAGGUCUGACGUGUUCUGAGAUGCUUUUCUGUUCACCAUGGCUGUAAUGAGUGAUUAUUGGAGUUACCCAAGUCUUUCAUUCAGCUACAGGGUGUCCCAAAAAGUCUCCAUGCGUAAGGGAAAUUAACACUUUUUAGCUAAAUGUCUUCCAAAUUUUUUCAUACUUAGUUUAUAUAUAUAUAUAUAAUGGAUUGGGAAGCUGUCCCAAGGUUACGAUGGACUUUAACAGGAAACAUGAUAAGCACAUCACACACGACACUGCUGCCAAACUUACUAACAAACUCAAAAAGUCUGGAAGUGUCCGCGAAUAUCUGCCCGCUGACGAAGGCACAACCGACGUGAUGCUGGCAGACGUAGUCCCCCCGUGUAUGGAGAUGUUUGGGAGACCCUGUAGAGCCAGUUUGGUCAUUCUUUCUUAUCAGGAAGGCAUUUCUGCCUGCAGAAUACUGCUCACGGGAUGUUUUUUGUUUUACGCACCAUUCUUUCUUACCACAUGAUUGACUGAUUGGACAGUCGUAUGAAUGUACUGGUGUAUGGGUGUUCCUAAUAAAAUGAAUGGUGAGUGUACUGUAUGUAGAUAACACAAAUGCCUCCCUCUGAAAGACAAAUUGCACCAAGUAAGCACUUUAUAAAUACCUAUGGGUGAAUAAUUCUUAAAAGUGCUCAUCAUUUAUGAAAAUGUGUAUUUCACAAUUAAUGCCCCUCAAAACUGCAACUAGUGAGUUUCAAGUAAUCUUGUUUCCUAUGUACUUGGUAAUUAUUUAUAUUCUACAGCUGUCUUGGCCAAAAAAUUAGGUCGAAAAAUGACGUAAUAU